AUGGGCAAAGGUAAAGCUUAUUCUGGAAAUAAGAUUCAGCAGGAACAGCUUAAGGUUGCUUUGGUUGGAGAAACAAUUACUUUAUCAUGUAUAUAUUCACAAGAAAGAAAAACUACAAUUGCAUGGAUCAAGCAAAAGCCUGGAGAGAAACCUAUUGCAAUUGCACAUUUAUAUCAGACCAGAACUAUAACAUUUUUAAAUGGCUUUGAUAAGAGUGGUCGAUUUAGUAUCACAAAAGCAGAUACUAGUUUUAAUUUGACCAUCUCUAAUUUGGAUGGAUUAGACAGCGCAACAUACUACUGUGCUGUCACCUUUCUUUCUGAUAUCACCUAUGGGGAAGGCACCCUUCUUAUUGUCAAAGGUACAUCACUGAAAAAGCACUCUGUUGUCCAGCAGCCUGUGGUGGAGAUGGAAGAUUCAGAAGACUCUGUAACUCUGCAGUGUAUUGUCCUUACUAAGAACUGUCCAGGACAAUAUGUUGUGUCCUGGUUCACUCAUGGAUUGAGAGAAUCUCACCCAGAAAUGAUUUACACUGAUGGAGACAGCAGUGAUCAGUGUAAGAACAGAUCUGAUGCUGGAUCUUCUACACAGAGGUGUAUCUACAGUCUCCCCAAGAGGAACCUCAGAACUUCUGAUGCUGGAACUUAUUACUGUACUGUAGCUACAUGUGGAGAGAUCCUAUGUGGCAGCAGUAGUAGAAGCAACUGUGUGAGAAAUGUGUUCUUUUAUGUAGUUGUAUUGUUUAAUCAUACUGGGGCAUUAGCAAAAUGUAAGGAAACGUAA